AUGUCCACGGUGGAGAAGGAGAAGGCUUUCUACGAGGGGCAUUGCAAGGGCAACGCCAAGAGCAAGAUCCAAUGGGUCGUGAAGAAAUGGAGUACAUCCUCGCAUCAUAAGUGGGAAUGUGGCUGGUUCGACGAAGACAAGAAACAGAUCUUCUCAUAUCACUAUAUCAAGGAUCAUGCAGGUGCCAGAAAGACGGGUAAUGGCCACAGCUCUUCGGAUGGUUAUUGGGGAUGGAUGGAUUUGACAGAGCAACUUUCAAAGAAGAAUUGUCCGACGCCCCCCCGACCACAACGGCCAAGUCAGGGACAAACACAAGAGCGAUUAGUUUCGUGCUGCCCAUGGGCGUGCUUGGAGUCAUGA